GGCGGAGACGGCGGGCGCGGAGGACGCGGCGGUGGGACCGGGAUCGGCUGUGGCUCGGGCGGCGCCUCCCUUCGGCGGCCCGCCCGGCUCCAGCCCAGCCGGGGCGAUGCUCCCCGAGGCCGCGGGAUGAGCCAGUGACUCUGCUGGCCCGGGCAUGGCAGACCCCGUGGCGGGCAUUGCCGGCUCCGCGGCCAAGAGUGUGCGGCCGUUCCGCUCGAGCGAGGCCUACGUGGAGGCCAUGAAGGAGGACCUGGCUGAGUGGCUCAACGCCUUGUACGGCCUGGGUCUGCCCAGCGGUGGCGAUGGCUUCCUGACGGGGCUGGCCACGGGCACCACCCUGUGCCAGCAUGCCAACGCCGUCACUGACGCCGCCCGUGCCAUGGCCGCCGCGCGGCCGGCCCGCGGGGUGGCCUUCCAGGCCCACAGCGUGGUGCCCGGCUCCUUCAUGGCCCGAGACAACGUGGCCACCUUCAUUGGCUGGUGCCGCGCGGAGCUGGGUGUACCCGAAGUGCUCAUGUUCGAGACGGAGGACUUGGUGCUGCGCAAGAACGAGAAGAGCGUGGUGCUGUGCCUGCUGGAGGUGGCGCGGCGCGGGGCCCGCCUCGGCCUGCUGGCCCCUCGCCUCGUGCAGUUCGAACAGGAGAUUGAGCGCGAGCUGCGCGCCGCGCCCUCGGCCUCCAACGCCCCCAGUGCCGGGGAGGACACCACCGAGACCCCCGCCGCCUCGGGAGCUCCAGCCCGUGGCCCGCGCAUGACGCCCAGCGACCUGCGCAACCUCGAUGAGCUGGUGAGGGAGAUCUUAGGGCGCUGCACCUGCCCAGACCAGUUUCCCAUGAUCAAGGUCUCGGAGGGGAAGUACCGCGUGGGAGACUCCAGUCUGCUCAUCUUCGUGCGGGUGCUGAGGAGCCACGUGAUGGUACGUGUGGGAGGCGGCUGGGACACGCUGGAGCACUACCUGGACAAGCACGACCCCUGCCGCUGCUCCUCCGCGGCCCACCGCCCGCCCCAGCCCAGGACCCGCACCUUCUCCCCGCAGCGAGUGUCACCCAGCCCCAGUCCCCGAGCUGGUAGCCCAGCCCCAGGGGGGGAGCGCCGAGGCUCCCGCCCAGAGGUGACACCCAUUGGCCUACGCAGCUCGAAGGAGGGGCCUGAGACCCCACUCAGGGCCCGGGACCAGCUGCCCCCCCAUCCCCGCUCCCGCCGUUACUCUGGGGACAGCGAUUCCUCAGCCUCCUCGGCCCAGAGCGGCCCCCUUGGUGCCCGCAGUGAAGAAUCAGGCACUGGCCCCCGGCGGGAGCGUCCCAGCCGGCGGGUGACCACGGGCACCCCGGCCUCCCCGAGACGGCCUCCCGCCCCGCGCAGCCAGUCCCGGGACCGGCUGGAUCGGGGGCGGCCGCGUGGGGCUCCAGGAGGCAGGGGAGGCCAGCUGUCGGCGCCCAGCCCUGUCCGGCGGGCCCGGAGUCAGAGCCGUGAAGAGCAGGCAGUGCUGCUGGUGCGUCGGGGCCGAGACGGGCAACAUUCCUGGGUGCCGCGGGGCAGGGGCAGUGGGGGUUCGGGCAGAAGCAGCCCCCACACUCCCCGCGCCCACAGCCCUGCAGCUCCCAGGGUCCCCAGCCCCAGUCCUGAGUUGAGCACAAUCCCGGCCAGUGUCUUCCGCACACCCCUGCAGCUUGACCCAAAGCAGGAACAGCAACUGUUUCAGCGCCUGGAAGAGGAGUUCCUAGCCAACGCCCGAGCCCUUGAGGCUGCUGCUGCUGGUGGGACCCCCAGUGGACUAGCCCCUGACCCAAUUCGGGCCCCAGACCCUCCAGCUCCUGACUCAGCCUAUUGUUCGUCCAGCUCCUCCUCUUCGUCCCUCAGCGUCCUGGGUAGCAAGUGUGGCCAACCCGGGGACUCUGGCAGGAUGGCCAACGGGCUGCCCGGGCCCCGAGGCCCAGCCCUGUCCAGCUCUUCCGAUGAGGGCAGCCCCUGCCCCGGUGUAGGGGGCCCACCAGAUGUACCCGGGAGUCCUCUGGCCGGCCCAGAGCCCCUGAGGACCUGGGCACGAGGCCGGAUGGACACACAGCCAGACCGGAAACCCUCACGCAUACCCACACCAAGGGGCCCCCGCCGCCCACCUGGACCCACGGGGUCCGGGACCUGGCAUGCCCUGCGCUCAGUCAGCCCGAAGACCGAGCCGGAUUCCUGGAUGUGAUGGACCAGCCCAGCUGCCCCCAGUCCUCUGUUCCUUCUCCUUUUCCUUUGUGGCCUUAACCCCUCUGCAUCAGGGAAUGCCCCUGCCUCUUGGGGACCAGACCUCACGGGACCAGACCCCUCGGGACCACAUGGCACAAUGGGACUUCUGGUGUACAUUCCGCUUGGGGGAUGAGCAUUGCUAUUUAAUUACUAAUAUUAUUGAAUGCCUUAGAGGAGGCUGGGCCAGCCCAGUAAGGACCCUUCCUGAGGUCCCGCGGCCCCGCAGAGCCUGACAGUAAAGUUUUC